ACACAAAACAUGGCAACCAGCAGUAACUACUGGGAAGAUUUACGUAAACAGGCCAGACAACUGGAGAAUGAGCUGGACCUGAAGCUGGUCUCCUUCAGUAAGCUGUGCACCAGCUACAGCAGCAGCAGCCAUGAGCAACCGACAAGAGACAGCCGGUCUGACUCUUUCGGCCCCUCUCAAGACAAUAUGCUUGUAGCCAUGACUACUGAACUGGAGCAGCUUUUGGCUAAACUUUCAGUGGUCAAUGACAAAAUGGCAGAAUACACAAAUUCCCCUGGUGCUUCAUCCCAUAACGCAGCAUUAAUGCACACUCUACAGAGGCAUAGAGACAUUCUGCAGGACUAUACUCACGAGUUCCACAAAACCAAAAACAACUUCUUCAGCCUGCGAGAGCGAGAGGACCUGCUGGGCUCUGUUCACAGAGACAUCGAGUCCUACAAAAGCAACUCAGGGGUGAAUAACAGAAGAACUGAGCUCUUCCUGAAGGAACACGAACAUCUCAGAAACUCAGAUAGUCUUAUUGACAAUGCAAUAAGUAUCGCCAUGGCUACCAAAGAGAACAUCACAUUUCAGCGUGGGAUGUUGAAGUCCAUUCAAACCAGGGUCACAACUUUGGCCAAUCGUUUCCCUGCCAUCAACGGCCUCAUCCAGAAAAUAAAUUUGCGCAAAAGGCGGGACUCUCUCAUCCUGGGCGGGGUGAUUGGCGUGUGCACCAUUCUCCUGCUGCUCUACACUUUCCGUUGA